UUGAUUUUACCAACAGAGAGCAAUGAAACCGUUAUUGGUAGUGAUAUCUCUCUCGGAAACGUAAUUUGUAAAAAUGGUUUACUUCAACAAGAAGCGAUGCUUAGCGUUUGGGAAAGUACGUAUGAAUCUCAGGAGGCGGAGGCUUUCGAUAAAGCGUCGCCUAAAAUCAAACUUGUUGCAAUAAAGGUUGCACAAUUCAUUGAUUCUAACAUAUCAACAGCUAAUGAUUUUUUUGACUUAUAUAUCGAAGAGUUGAAAUGUCCUAACGAAUUUUUACCUAUUCCCGCUAAAUGGUAUUCUGCCCUCAUUAUGGUAGUCACUCUAACUGUUUGUCACAGAGUAAGGCUCCGUGGGUUGAUAGAAUCAUUAAAGAAAAGGAAUGGUGCAAGUUUUAAAGGUUUUUUUCAUUUAUCUCAACCCAACAUUAUUGCGGAAAAUAUUAUUACUAGUGAUGAAAUUAAUAAAAUUUUUGAUCAAGAAUACGAACGCGUCAUGUUUAGUCAAAGUACUGUGGAAGUUGGUCAAUAUUUUUUAACCUUGGACAUUAUUUUGGAAGAAAAAGUUGCUUGGGCAUAUUAUGGUUCAGAAAAAGAAAUUAAGGACGAGGUGCCUAGAAAUCAGAUUUAUGAAGAGUUUGGGGAACAAAAGGGCAGAUUUACAUUAGGCAAUUGGACAGAACUAAUGUUUAAAGAACAGGAAGAUAGCUUAUUUCAGCAAAGCGUUCUCAAGGCGAUUGCAAAAAUGGAAACUAUGGGAGAUGUUUUACAUCUAUCCAGAGAAAAGUUUGAUGCAAUAAAAUUUCAUUGGAACCGUAUAAGUAUUACAAAAGAAUAUUUAAAAGUGAUAAAUCUAAAGCGUGUGGUGAUCAAGAAGGCCAUCUCUGGUGUUGAGAAA